AGGUUUUUAGAGAGAAGAUCGGGGAGAUUAGAGAUAUGAUUUUCGGUGGUCGUCUCCGUAUCUGAUUUCAUAUCUCCGAUUAAUAAAUGUUCUUCCUUCUCUCUUUUUCUUUCUUCUCUGCAUGACAAUUAAACCAAAACCCAUCUUCAAAUUUCGAACUAAGGAGCAGAGAUUUUGAGUGGAGCUUCAAGAUAUUCAAAGGCCGUCUUUUUACGAAUUCUGUUUUCUUUUUUCUUUUUUUAAAUUUCCUCGGGAGACAAACAGAAACCUUGCAAAUGAAGGAGCCAGAUAAGAGCUUGGAUCCGCAGCUAUGGCAUGCGUGUGCUGGAUCCAUGGUUCAAAUCCCGGCGGUGAACUCUAAAGUCUUCUACUUUCCUCAGGGACACGCCGAGCACUGCCUCUCCGCCGUGGAUUUCUCGUCUUCGCCGCCAAUCCCUGGUAUUAUUUUCAGCAGAGUGGCCGCCGUCAAGUUCUUGGCCGAUGCUGAGACGGAUGAAGUGUAUGCUAAGAUCACGUUGGUGCCAUUACCGAGCAGUGAGCUUGAUCUUGAAGAUGAUGUCGUUUUGGGUUCCGGUCAUGGGUCGGAUAAUGCCGAAAAGCCCGCUUCUUUUGCUAAGACACUGACCCAGUCCGAUGCUAACAAUGGGGGUGGUUUUUCCGUUCCCAGAUACUGCGCGGAGACCAUUUUUCCGAGACUGGAUUACACUGCGGACCCUCCGGUUCAGACGGUCAUCGCGAAGGAUGUUCACGGCGAGAUUUGGAAGUUCCGGCAUAUUUACAGAGGGACGCCGAGGCGACACCUGUUGACGACGGGGUGGAGCACGUUUGUCAACCAGAAGAAGCUUGUCGCCGGAGACUCGAUUGUCUUCCUGAGAGCCGAAAACGGGGAACUCUGUGUAGGAAUUCGGCGAGCAAAGCAUGGGAUUGGGAAUGGGCCGGAGUGUGGAACUCCUGGAUGGAAUUCCGGCCAUGGAAGUGGAAAUUGUACUAAUCCCUACGGGAGCUUUUCUGCUUUCUUGCGAGAGGAAGAUUGCAAAAUUAUGAGGAAUGGGAAUCUGGGUUGUGCCGGAAACUCGAGAGCAAAGGGUAACGUGAGGCCGGAGGCUGUUCUGGAGGCGGUGGCUCUGGCUGCUAAGGGACAGCCAUUUAAAUAGAUUUCUUCGCAGUCAUUUGUCUUUCUUUUUUUUUUUUUUCCAAACCUUUAGUCAGUCGUGGGGCCACAAAAAAUUUGGCAGAAGGUAGACUUUCCGCUCGUGGGGUUUCAAGUUGGCAUGUUAGGUUGUCAAAAAAUUUUGAGUUGGCAC